AUGAUGAGUGCUUCAUUACUGUCGGACAUGGAAUCAUUUAAGGCAGCUAAUCCAGGGUCAAUUUUGGAAGACUUCAUUCGAUGGUAUUCUCCGAGAGACUUUAUCGAAGAAGACGAAUUAGAUAAUUGGGGACAGAAGAAGGGUCACCUGAGUUCACGUAUGCUUAUAUCAGACAAUACUUGGGUUCAGAUGUGGGCAUCAGGAAAACCUGUUCCUGCCAAUCGCCAAAAGAGACUUUUCGAUGAUACUAGAGAAGCUGAGAAAGUUCUUCACUUUUUAGAUUCACGGAACCUUUCCCAAAUUGUGGAGCUUUUGCUCCCUGUUUUAAGUCAUGUUGCCCUCUUACGGUUAUAUGAAGAAAGUCAACACGUGAUUCAAGAACUACCUGAUUCAAUUACGACCAUUCGUCAUAUCGCUAAAAUUAUCGAAAAUGCAUCUCGAGAGGGCGCUGUGAAUACUCGUCGCUAUGAAAGCUUGAUUAGAGAAAUCUCAUCAUUAGAAUUAAAAAUCUCUGAAGUUAAUUCACUUAUGUAUAAAUUUAAUCCGACCGGGACGACAAACGAAACUGGACGUGAAGUGGAGAUCGAAGACAAAGGAGAUUCAAUGGUAGGCUCUCGAAUCGUUGCCAUGCUUUCCGAGGCGCAAAAGGGUGCGAAUUUGUUACUGACUGAUCAAACCGAUCCGGAAGCGAGUGGUGGUGACAGUAAGGCUUUUCCCAACGCAACUCAGAAAGAAUUUGUCAUGAGGGCAGACGCAGUUAGACCCGCUACGUACUCCGCUAAAUCCCCACAGUUUUUGAGGGCGAUUCUCUCUAAGAAUGAAUUUCGGUUGACCAACCGGCAGUACAAACAUUUAUCGAUGGACUCAGAGACAAGUGAAGCACUGUCAUACUCCCUCGAGUUUGAACCAUCGAAACAAGUUUCUAAAGACCAUGUACGGGUUCCGCAAGCAGGAAUCGACGAUAGUGCAAUUGCAAAAGCAGGUGUUAUAUCGCUCAUCAGAGAAUGCGUAAUCGAUGUGAAGAAAGCUUCUGCCACAAAAUUGUUGUUAUGCUGGAACAUGCAAGAAGUAUAG